ACAGACAAGCAGGCAGUUGUGGAUCGUUCGGAAGGGAAGCUGCUGUGCGAGCGAAAUCAGAAAGACUCGCGUGAGGACACAGUGAGAGAAAGCAAAAUAGCAACCACUUACUGUAACAUCCAGAUGGAUGUGAAAGAGGAGACAUGUGAGAUUGACUUGAAUAUCAUGGAGAUAAUAACUGUGAGUAUUAAGGAGGAGGACUGUGAGUGGGAGUCUGGCCUUGAACCGGAGCACCUCUGCAAUAAUGAUGAGGACCGUGAACUGGGGUCUGUGGGCAUUAAAGACGAGGCUGAAGAGAACUCGAUCAGCAUUGAGACACCCAAACAUGAAAGUAUGGAGAGCAUCAAAGAAGAAAACCUUCAUGAUGGGUGUCAAGGUGGAGUGUUGACCGGGUUAGUCUCUUUUCAAAGCAGACACUGUGCAUCUCCAGAGUCUAUGAACGUGAGGUUAGAAUCAUUGCAGUCUGAAACAAAGAGGACUGAAAACAAUUCAUCUUGUAGAAUUCAGGAAGAUCAGUCACCACCUGCAAACAAGUCAGGAAAAAGAAACAAACCUCACCGCUGUUCUGAAUGUGGCAAACAAUUCUGUGACAAGAGUGCUCUAGGGAGACACAUCCGAACUCACACUGGAGAGAAGCCCUAUUGUUGUAAUGAAUGUGGUAAACGAUUCUCACAAAUGACCAAUCUUCAGAGACAUGCAAGGAUCCACACUGGACAACCCCUUGAAAAGCUAUACAGCUGUUCUGAAUGUGAAAAAUGUUUUUCACAAAGGAGCCACCUUCAGCGCCACAAAAGCGUUCACACUAGAGAGAAGCCAUACUGGUGUUCUGAAUGUGGCAAAGGAUUCUCACAAAGCACCAGUCUUCAGAUCCAUAAAAGAGUUCACACAGGAGAGAAGCCAUAUUGCUGUUUGGCAUGUGGUAAACACUUCUGCGACAGUACUACUCUUCGAAGACACAGCAGGAUUCAUUCUGGAGAGAAGCCCUAUUGCUGUUUGCAGUGUGGUAAAAAAUUCUCUCACAGGACUACUCUUCAGAGACACACAAGAGUUCACACUGAGAAAUUAACCCCGAGAGAAAAGCAGUUUUGUUGUUCUGAAUGUGGCAAGCAAUUCUUUCGGAAGAGUAAUCUGCAGUUACACCUUAGAAUUCACACCAAAGAGGAGCCAUAUUGCUGUAAUGAAUGUGGCAAAAAGUUUUUGAGAAGGAGCCAUCUUCAGAACCACAAAAGAAUUCACACAGAGGCCACCACAGAGUGAAGUUCACAACCUUUCGUGAUAGUUAGCAAACCAAGAACAUUUUGAGAAAUUGAGUCCAAGGCUGGAAUGACAGCAAAAACAAGAAUUCAAAAGGACUGACCAGCAGAAGAGGAGUAGCAAUUGAAGACAUUAAAUACAGUGAGAAACAAGCGGACCUCUGAUCUAGCUACAUGUAGAUCAAGAUCUAACCCAUGAAUGGCUUGCAACGAGUGAGUCAAGACCAAGGGAUGAACACUAAUCAUAGCUGCACAGGACAACAGUCUGCACUCAAGGUCUUUCAAGACAACAAUAGAAAAGAAUGGUAAAACAGAAGGUGCUGAUUCUGCCAAACGGGGAAGGAAGCGGUUAUUCAUCUGAAUGCCAGUUGUGAGGCAAAUGACUUACACAGGCAGUGAUACAAUUCAAUUGUCAGAUUGCAUUGUUGGAAAAUAUGGAAAAAUACACACUGCCAGUACCACAGAUGCAUUGGGACCACACUCCAGACCGAAUGACAGAAACUGAGGAAGUGUGUGUCACUUGGGACAUGCCAAUGCCAACUAACGGACAAACGGAUGCCAGUUUCAGUCCCAAGUAAUCACUCUGUAAUUGGAAUGGACAGACCAGAAAUAACCAAGUGGCAAGAAAUGCAAUCUGAGAUGUGCCAGAAGUGAAUUAAAACUGAGAUUGUGCCACUGGUGCUGGGAACAACUGGUCUUUUACAAAAUAAUUCCAGACCCAUUGCCGUCACUCUGCGUGAAUCACACAAGGAAGCACCAUUAGGGACAAUGCAAGUACUACGCCAAGUUUGACCGCAAAUCUAAGAGAAUAACAAAAGAAGCAGUGCAAAAAUCACAAAAAAAGACUCAAAAGUGAGGUCUGCUCCUAUCCUGAAAAUAAUCAAUCCAAGCCAUUGUUGGGAAUUUAGCCCUACGAGAAGCCCUUUUGCUGCUCUACAUGUAGCAAGUGCUUUGUGCUUAUAAUCGGUGUUACAGUCUGCAGUUGUGCUGCCCUCUGCACUCUUCAUUGUACUGCUGUAUUCAUUGUGGAAAUUUGUUUUUCUUGUCUACUGACUUAUUGCCACAGUAAUUGUAUUGCCUUGGGUUUAAUUUGUGUAUAUUAGUGGCCAGAAUAUCAGGAAGAAUCCAAUUUUCAUCAUACAGUGUGACUGACUGUCUACUGGGCAUGCAACAAGAAGUUAUCAACUCAAUAGAAUUUAUAAUCGCGGAGAUCGAAAUAACGUGAUGGCAACAGAGUAGAAGGGGAAAUGCAAGAAGCACAUAAAGCACAAAAGACCAAGUCUUGCCAAAUAAAGUAAUUACAGAGUUCUGCAGGAAGGCCUAAAAUCUGAGUGUGCCAUGGGUUGACUAUAUAUAAAUAAACAAAAAAUGAUUUUGUAAGCGUAUCGCACAUCUAAGAAUCCAAGAAGCCUGCAAGUAUCAAAUUUACCCUGCUCUCCAAAGUUUCAUCUCAUUCUCCCCACACUCUGUCCAGACAACCCUGCAGCUUCAUGAUGACCAUGCUGGAUCACAAUCCCAAAUGCAAUAAGAAGAGGAAUUUUUCAGUUAGGCUUGUUGUCUCCACUGUUGUUGUGUAUAACACUAAAACCCAAUGUUCAUCUUCCUCCGUAACUGCAACAUGGGUUCAACAUAAGCACUCGAAAUCAACCAAACCCUGAACUGUUCAAUUUGGGUGACUUGAAAAUUCACAGCUCCUAGAAGAAUAGCUGCAAUGGAUUUUUUGAAUGACAUCCAAAUAACGUUUAGGCUUGAUGAGCUUGUUCCAUACGUUAGAAGGAAGUGAACAUCCACUGAAGAUGCCCACCUUGAUUUAAAACUAGCAUCAGAUAACUGGACCUAGAAGAAACUUAUAAAUACUUUAGGAUUACUGAAGUAGCAGAUCUAAAGCAUAAGGCACUUAGACAGACUGCUCAAAAAGAGUACAGCUGAAGAACAAAGACAAUCCGCAGGACUUCCUAACGGUACACACAAAUAAAAAAUCAAGCCAUAAACCAACUGGUAAUCUUUCAGUUGCCAGUCUGCGUUGGAAUCGUGGACAGGCACAAACUGGACAGCAAAAAAACAGAAAACCACUGCAUUCUCAUCAAGUAAUACACAAGAAUCGGUGAAAUCCCAGACUUUAAUCCUGAGAUAUGAAGGAAGUGUAUGCCUGUGCUUGAGGCCAACGGCCCCUGGACUUUGUGCUUACCUGAUGCACCCUGAAGAAACCGACUCAUACAGAGAGGACUCAACUAUGAAACCCAAGAUGACCCCAGUUAUAAAGCUUAUGUAAUUAUUCAGUCAGAUUCAACCCCCCUACCCAUCCUUGUGUGCAAAUAGCGUACAUCUCGCCAGGAAGCAGAAGCAAGGACUUUUUAAAAAUUACACCAACAGUAAAGACACGCCAACGGCCAAGAGCACAAAUACUAGCAGGAAAUAUGCAGCCUUCCUGUUGCAGCCACAUGUUGACCAAAAUCUUAGUCCUCAUUGUGAGUUUGAGUCUUCAUUCUAUGAUUGUCAACUUUUCUAAAAAGACAAGCAAGUAACACCAGACAAUAAACCUGACUUGUAUCUUGAAUCUAAA